UCUAACACGCCCAUAUUCUAAUCUCAACAUUUGGCUACCAGAACGGUAAUACUAUUACCAUACCAAUCCUGAAAUUCUUGGUUCAGAUCUCUUGGUUUUCUCUGUUUCCACUAGUAACCGAAAAAUGGCCGAGGCACUCAUUUCCGUGCUUCUCGAACAACUGGCUUCGGUAACGUACCAACAAGUCGGAGAAGAGGUGAAGCUGGUUUUGAAUGCUAAGAAAGAUGUUGAUGCAUUUGCUGCCAACCUUGAAGCGAUUGGUGCUGUGCUUGAGGAUGCGGAGCAGAGGCAAGUGAAGGAGGCCAGCGUCAGAAAUUGGCUGGAGAAGCUGAAAGAUGUGUCGUACAAGAUGGACAAUGUGCUGGAUGAGUGGAAGACUGAAAUACUGAAACAACAAGUUGAGAAUGAAGAAGAGCACGGUGGAAGUACUUCUCUUGUUACCAAGAAGAAGAAGAAGAAGGCGGUAUGUUUCUCUAUUUCCUCCUCUUGCCCUUGUUUCCGCCAAGUCCGCCGGAUAAUUCUUCGUCAUGACAUUGCUCUUAAGAUCAAAAGUCUAAAUGAAAAUUUGGAUGUGAUUGCUAAGCAAAGAGAAACAUAUAACUUUCAAAUCACAGAGAGAAUGAUCAGUGAACAACCUAAGCGAGAGACAACUUCUUUUGUUGAUGAAUCUAUCAUAUUUGGUAGAGAUCAACAAAAGGAAGUUUUGGUCAGCAAGUUGUUGAAUGAGAGUAGUCAAGAAGAGAGGGGCCUCCUUGUCAUCCCUAUUGUCGGGAUGGGAGGAAUGGGGAAGACAACUCUGGCCCAAUUGGCUUUUAACGAUGAAAAUGUUAAAGCCUGUUUUCAGAUCAAAAUAUGGGUUUGUGUUUCGGACCCUUUUGAUGAGAUCAAAAUUGCCAAGGCCAUCAUUGAGGGUGUCAAAAAAGAUACCAGCCCAAAUUCAGAUGAAUUGGAAACUUUCUUGCAAUGUAUGUCUAAAUCCAUUGAGGGAAAGAAGUUUCUCCUUGUUCUAGACGAUGUGUGGACUGAGGACCAAGGAAAGUGGGAGAAAUUGAAGUUGCCAUUAAUACAAAGUGGCGCCCAUGGCAGUAGAAUAUUGGUGACCACUCGAAAACAGAAGGUUGCUGAUAUGAUGGGAGCUCCCACUCACACGAUCUAUUUGGAGAGGUUGAGCGAACAAAAUUGUUUGUCAAUAUUCAACCGCAUGGCAUUUUAUAAUAGGGAUAAGGAUGGUGUGUUGGAAGCCAUUGGUGAAGAAAUAGCAAAAAAGUGCAAGGGUUUGCCUCUUGCUGCAAAGACUUUGGGUAGUCUCAUGCGUUACAAGAAAACGAGGAAAGAAUGGCAAGAAGUUUUGAACAGUAAGAUAUGGGAGCUAGAAGAGGUUGGGCAACAAGUUUUCCAACCACUAUUACUGAGUUAUCUUGAUUUGGCACCUGCAGUCAAACGAUGCCUUUUAUAUUGUGUUAUCUUUCCAAAAGAUCAUGUGAUCUAUAAAGAUUAUUUGAUUGAGUUGUGGAUGUCACAAGGUUAUCUCUAUUCGAAGGGAAACAUAGAGAAGGAAAUAAUUGGCCAAAGGUGUUUUGAUAAUUUAGCAAUGCGGUCUUUCUUCCAAGACUUCCAAGAAGACAGAGAUGGAAAUAUCUGGAGGUGUAAAAUGCAUGAUAUUGUGCACGACUUUCUGCAGUAUCUUACUCAACAUGAAUGCUUUAAAAUGGAGGUUAAGGGUGGUAACGAUACAAUAAAGCCCUUGGGUGAUAAGAUCCGCCAUUUGACCUUAAUGCUUGCGCCUGAGGGUCCACUCUCAUGCAUUUCGUUUUCUAGCUGCAAUCUACGUACUCUUGCAAGUUUUGAUUCAAAAUUUAAUGUUGUGGACUCAACUUUGAUUGCGCAGUUGAAACAUCUUAGGACAUUAAAUUUGAGUGAUAAUUCUAUUGAAAUGCUUCCGGAAGAGACAAGUCAAUUGGUGCAUCUGAGGUUUAUUGAUUUGUCCCGUAAUCCUUUGAAAAAGCUACCGAAUGGGGUGUGUAAUUUAUACAAUUUGCAGACAUUGCGCCUUAAUUGGUGUGAGAAACUUGAAAGUCUACCUCAGAGCGUGGGAAAGUUGAUUAACUUAAAGCAUCUUUAUGUUGAGUAUUGUUUUCAGCUAAAGUACUUGCCGAAAGGGAUUGGGAGAUUAACAAAUCUAAGAAGACUAGAUCGGUGCCCUGUUGGCGGUGGUAAAGACGACGAUGAAGCAUUCAAAUUGGGAGAUUUGAGAAACUUAGACCAACUUCAGGGUAAACUACAGAUGGUUAUUUAUGGGGAUGUGAAAGUUGCUGCGGGUGAGCUGGGGAACAAACAACAACUCUCAGAAUUGAGUAUAGAGUUUGAGGAGUGUGGAACUGCGGAAAUACUGAAUUUCUUACGACCGCAUCCAAAUUUGGAAUAUUUAAGAAUCAAUGGCUAUAAUGGAAGCACUGCCCCCAACUGGAUCAUGUCAUUAAACAAUUCGAGAGUUCUUCAUCUUGCGUGGUGGAAUGAAUGUGAAGUUUUACCUCCUUUGGGAAUAUUGCCGUCCCUCGAAAGGCUGGAGAUUGAUGGUAUGAACUGUGAGGGGUUAGGUCCCACAUGAAUCCUACCUUCCAGCUGUGUGGCACUCUCAAAUUAGCGGGAGGCCCACCAAGUACAGUAGGAAAACCUGAUGAUAAUGUUUUUCCCGUAAUUAUUAUGGCACCUCCCUUAUACUUCAGAACCACCAUUAGUCUUCAACACUCAAUACGUUCACCACAAAACUAAUACACAAACCCUAAACCCUCUCUUUCUACGAUUUCAACCUUUGAAACCCUUUUUCGGCUAACCCAAACCGCUCAUGAAAACAACAACAGCCUUGUUUCUUUAUACAACAUAAACCUUCAUGCUUAAAAGAAGGCACACUUUGUGCAUUCAC